CAAUUUCCGCCGGAAGAGCGCUGUCGGGGUCUGGAUUCCGCGCGGAGAGGCAAGAUGCUCAAGUCCAAGACUUUCUUGAAAAAGACUCGGGCGGGCGGCGUAAUGAAGAUCGUGCGCGAGCACUACCUGCGGGACGACAUCGGCUGCGGUGCGUCUGGGUGCGCGGCGUGCGGCGGUGCUCACGAGGGGCCGGUCCUCGAGCCGCAGCCCCUGGACCCGGCCAGCAGUCUUUGCCCGCAGCCGCACUACUUGCUGCCUGACACCAACGUGCUGCUGCACCAGAUUGAUGUCCUUGAGGACCCUGCCAUCAGAAAUGUCAUUGUGCUACAAACAGUUCUCCAAGAAGUGAGAAAUCGGAGUGCUCCCGUGUAUAAACGAAUCCGAGAUGUGACUAAUAACCAGGAGAAGCAUUUUUAUACGUUUACUAAUGAGCACCAUAGAGAAACUUACGUAGAGCAAGAACAGGGAGAAAAUUCUAAUGACAGGAAUGACAGAGCCAUUCGAGUAGCAGCAAAAUGGUACAAUGAACAUUUGAAGAAAAUGUCAGCAGAGAAUCAGCUGCAAGUUAUCUUCAUAACAAAUGACAGGAAAAACAAAGAGAAAGCCAUAGAGGAGGGGAUACCAGCUUUCACUUGUGAAGAAUAUAUAAAAAGCCUAACUGCUAACCCCGAGCUCAUAGAUCGUCUUGCGUGUUUGUCUGAAGAAGGGAAUGAAAUAGAGAGUGGAAAAAUAAUAUUUUCAGAGCAUCUUCCGUUAAGUAAGCUACAACAAGGCAUAAAAUCGGGUACAUACCUUCAAGGAACAUUUAGAGCCAGCAGGGAAAAUUACUUAGAAGCCACAGUGUGGGUUCAUGGAGACACUGAAGAAAAUAAAGAGAUAAUCCUACAAGGACUUAAAAAUUUAAACCGAGCAAUUCAUGAAGAUAUUGUGGCUGUGGAACUUCUUCCCAAGAGUCAGUGGGUAGCACCAUCCUCUGUGGUUUUACAUGAUGAAGGCCAAAAUGAAGAUGAUAUGGAGAAAGAAGAGGAGAGAGAACGCAUUCUGAAGUCUGCUGUAAGUGAGAAAAUGUUAAAGCCUACAGGUAGAAUUGUCGGAAUAAUAAAAAGGAACUGGAGACCAUAUUGUGGCAUGCUUUCCAAGUCUGACAUUAAGGAGUCAAGAAGACAUCUCUUUACACCUGCGGAUAAGAGAAUCCCUAGAAUUCGGAUAGAAACCAGACAGGCUUCCACAUUAGAAGGACGGAGAAUUAUUGUUGCUGUUGAUGGUUGGCCCAGAAGUUCCAGAUAUCCAAACGGACACUUUGUAAAAAAUUUAGGUGAAGUUGGAGACAAAGAGACUGAAACAGAAGUUUUGUUACUUGAGCACGAUGUUCCCCAUCAGCCUUUUUCACAGGCUGUUCUCGGCUUUCUACCAAAGAUGCCGUGGAGCAUUACUGAGCAGGACAUGGAAAACCGAGAAGACCUGAGACAUCUGUGUGUUUGUAGUGUGGACCCCCCAGGAUGCACUGAUAUAGAUGAUGCUCUGCAUUGUAGAGAACUGAAAAAUGGAAAUUUGGAGGUUGGUGUUCAUAUUGCUGAUGUUAGCCAUUUUAUUAGGCCAGGAAAUGCUUUGGAUCAAGAAUCAGCCAGAAGGGGAACUACUGUGUAUCUUUGUGAAAAGAGGAUUGACAUGGUUCCAGAGCUGCUUAGCUCUAACUUAUGUUCCCUGAGAUCUAACGUUGACAGAUUGGCAUUUUCAUGUAUUUGGGAAAUGAAUGACAAUGCCGAAAUCUUAAAAACGAGGUUUACCAAAAGUGUCAUUAAUUCAAAGGCUUCCCUUACAUAUGCUGAAGCUCAGAUGAGAAUUGAUUCAGCAACCAUGAAUGAUAAUAUUACUACUAGUCUCCGUGGACUGAAUAAACUCGCUAAAAUUUUGAAAAAAAGAAGAAUUGAAAAAGGGGCUUUGACUCUUUCUUCGCCAGAAGUUCGAUUCCACAUGGACAGUGAAACUCAUGAUCCUAUAGAUCUGCAGACCAAGGAACUUAGAGAAACAAAUUCCAUGGUGGAAGAAUUUAUGUUACUUGCCAAUAUCUCUGUUGCAAAAAAAAUUCAUGAAGAAUUUUCUGAGCAUGCUCUGCUUCGAAAACAUCCCGCUCCUCCUCCAUCAAAUUACGAAAUUCUUGUUAAGGCAGCUAAGUCUAAGAAUUUGGAAAUUAAAACCGAUACAGCCAAAUCUUUGGCUGAUUCUUUGGACCGGGCGGAUUCACCUAUUUUCCCAUAUCUAAACACUCUGUUAAGAAUAUUAGCUACUCGCUGUAUGAUGCAAGCUGUGUACUUCUGCUCUGGAAUGGAUAAUGAUUUUCAUCACUAUGGCUUGGCAUCCCCAAUAUACACACAUUUUACUUCACCCAUCCGAAGAUAUGCAGACAUCAUUGUUCAUCGGUUGUUGGCUGUGGCUAUCGGGGCUGACUGCACUUACCCAGAGCUGACAGACAAACACAAGCUUGCUGAUUUAUGUAAAAAUCUCAAUUUCCGGCACAAAAUGGCACAAUACGCUCAGCGUGCAUCAGUGGCUUUUCAUACCCAGCUAUUUUUCAAAAGCAAAGGAAUAGUAAGUGAAGAAGCUUAUAUUCUGUUUGUAAAAAAGAAUGCUAUUGUGGUGUUAAUUCCAAAGUAUGGUUUAGAAGGUACAGUGUUUUUUGAAGAAAAGGACAAACCAAAGCCACGGCUUAUUUAUGACGAUGAGGUACCAUCACUUAAAAUAGAAGAUACAGUGUUUCAUAUAUUUGAUAAAGUAAAAGUGAAAAUCAUGUUAGACUCAUCAAAUCUUCAGCAUCAGAAAAUCCGAAUGUCCCUGGUGGAGCCACAGAUACCAGGGAUAAGCGUUCCUCCUGACACUUCAAACACGGACAUGAAUGAACCAGAGAGAAAGAAGAAGAAGCUUCAAAAAUAGCUCCAGUCAACAGAAAACCUUCAAAGAUUGGUUUCCUUUUGUAAAAAAACAAAACAAACAAAAAAACUUGAGAGAGCACUUCUCAACUUAAGAAGUGUGUGAUACAGUUUGUUACUUUUAAGUACGUUUUAAUAAUUUUAAAAAUUUGCAUUUUUAUUGAACUGUUGGCUGUAUCUGUCCCAUCACACUACUUCAUUUCUGGAUCGAACAGAACUGUCUAUGCAGAGAAAUUCAAUUGAAUAUCCAUAACUUACAUAGUGACAGGAUAGCACCUUGAGGGGUCUGUAAAGAUUGCUUAAAGGCAGCACUCCUCUGCUCAUUGAAGGGCAGGUGAAUUUUGCAUAAGUAAUUUAAUUAUUUACUAUUGAUAGAAAAAAUUAUCAUUUUCUUAUGGAGCAAAAAUUAGAACAUUUUUAGAAGCAAGGAACCAGCUAUUCUUCCCGAAUCUUGAAAGCUGUCAGUGUGUGGUAUGACAGUUUUUAGAUUCAAGACAAUGAAGUCAAGAGCUGUCAGGGAACUCAGUCGUUCAUCUCCUGUGCCAUCUUUAAUUUACCUUGUAUUAAGCAUCCCCUUACUGUUAAAAAGCCUCCUGCAUUUUAUUAGGGGUCCUUGAACAGCUCUGCUUGCUUGGGAAUUGGAUGUCUGGGGAAGGUGAAGUAGCAUAUUGUGAUGGGACUGGAAAAAUAGUUUUUCGAAAUACCAGAUAAUAAGUGUGGUCAUCAUCCUUGACCUUCAGCUCAAGUAUUUCCCCAAAAAUAAGGCACUAGGGUUCAAAGAAAGACUAGAGAUGGCACUAUGAAUGUUACAUCAUGUUACUUAUAAAAAAUAGAUAAUCAGUGACUUAAAUUGCAUAUGUAUCAGAUCACGUAGGAAAGGAGGGGUUGUUAAGGACACUAAAGGCAACAGAUUGCAGUACCGCGUUUGAUGCACCAGAGUGACUACUUCCCUUGUUAACCACGAAGGUUAGUGAUGAUUAAAUUGGUGUUUUCAAGAUGCAUUGAGACAGAAAUACCUUAGUAUUUUCCUUUGCUUAUUCAAUUUCUAGAAGUACCUACAUUGUACCAGGUGCAUCACCAGUUGAGUAGACCAUCUCUGCCUUGAGGGAGCUUGUGGUCCAGGGACAAGACUGGCAGGUCCCACCAGCGUGUGUAGAAUGUGGGGGUGGCUACAGUGAGUAUCAUCACUUAGGCGCUCAAUAGUUAUUAAAAUGAUUGUUACUGAGGAAAACAUCCAUCCACUGAGGCAGAACUCGUCUCAGUCGGAGGAAGAUGGCCUUGAGUGGACUGUCACCGAGAGCAGUCAGCAAGCCACUGCUGUCAAGGCCAGACACAUUCAACUCUGGUAGCCGGAGAGUUUCUGUUACAACCAUCACGCUCCAUCCACUCCUGCUUACAGUGCGGAAGCAGUCAGAGACAGUGGGUGAACAGACGAGCGUGGCUGUGUUCCAAUAAAACCUUAUUUAUGGACAGGGACAUUUAAAUUUCGUAAUUUUCAUGUGUUUAACAAAAUACUACUCAAUUUGAUUUCCAUACUGCACCCCUCUCUGCAACCACUGAAAAAUCCUUUGUCCAUGGGCCAUAGUUUACCUGAAGCACAGGAAAAGGAAGGCUUCUUCAUAGAACAAGGCUUUAGUGACCUCAUGCCUAUCUUUCCAAGUUUGUUUUCUUGUGCCUUAUUUAUGAGGAAAGCCUAAUUCAGCUCUGUCGCCUACUGUCUAGUUCAAGAUGACCAGAAACCGUAUUUUCACCCUAAAGCCUCUUCUUUGGUAAUGCUUCUAGUACCGUUUCUUACGCUAAGCAGCUUACAUGAAACGUUUCAUUUAAAAGCCCUGUUAAGGACUACUGUCCCCAUUUAACAAAUGGGUGAUGGAUGGAGGUUCCUGACCUGGUGCAGGUAGUAAGUGGCAGAGGGGAGAUCUGAGUCCAAGUUAUCAUCACUACUUUAUUCUUUGUUUCUUGAUUUGUGCUAUUAAAAGCACAGCCAAGGAAGCCCCUACCCCAAGGAUCAAAAAGUCCUCUUAAGAAUGGCAACUGUUUUUUAGGUUUAUAUUGAUUCUAAAGCCAUGAUUAAGGACUCCAUUUCCUAAUGCACCGUCUUUAGCAAUGGACCUCAUGGCUCAUGGCUUUAAUGGUUGGUGUACUGGCGGGGAGUAUGAGCCAGAAACACAGCAAGAAGUUUUGCAGGUUGGCACUAAGUUUACAAGGUGCACGAAAGGAAGGAAGGAGGUGACAUGAUGAUAGUAUGUCCUUAUUUCCUAGGGCUACAUAUGAAUUAGUGUUCCCUUUUGAAAGACAGUUUUAAAAGGUAAUUUGUAAAAUAUGAGUAUACAUUCUCCAAAGUAAAAAAAACAGUUCCCCUCAAAAUCAUAUACCCAUUCUACUCCCAAUGUUAAUGUAAGUAUUUUAGUUUAUUUUUAAGUAAUAAAAAAAAAAUUAGUCAUGUGUCUGCCCAACCAUCGCUUCAUAAGCCUAAAGCCCUACAGAAACUUGUCUCUUGGUUUUCCUGUGUUCUUACUCCUCUGCUGGACCAAACUUGAGCUGGAAAGGAUGUUGCUACCCUUGGAUGGAGACACAUUCUGGGCAUCCCUCAUUUACCCGACUAAUAAUACAUGAGAGAAAGAUGCUGUUAGUACUAGCUUUCUAGUAUUUAUAUUUUUCAGACCAAUUAUUAUUAGAACUAAGGAUUUCUACACAGAAAUGAACAAACAGUUUUGAGAAUAAAAAAUUCUGGAAACCUGCUUAA